AUGCGCGCACACCACCCGCUCGAAGCCGUCGCUGCCUUCACCGCGCUGCUGCUGUUCUGCUGCGCACCCGGCGCCCUCUCGGCGGCGCCGACACCGACCCCGUCGCCGUCACUGGUCCGGCCGGCGGCCACCACCGCCGCCGCGUGCCUCGAGCAGCCGUUCGAGGCCCUGUCGGGCGCGUUCAGCAUCGGCCAGGGCCAGGCGGGCGUGCCGAGCAUCGUCUUCACGCUGGGCUCGUCGGCCGAGCUCUACGCCACUGACGUGUGGGGCACGGUCGAGACCCCGCUCUCGCUGCGCACCAACAACGUGGCCCACAUGGCCGCCUCCAACGCGCAGCUGCGGGGCGCCGCGUACAGCGGGGGCAGCCUCUACUUGGUGUUCGCUCGUAACAACGUCCUCGGCCAGUCCAGCAUCUUGCAGAUUGAUCAGCCCUGGGGCGGCUCCCCAUCCUUCAAGUUCCACCCUCUGGGGUCGGUGCGAGUGUACGACGUCGUGACGAGCUCCAAGGCGCUCUACCUGCUAACCCAACCCAAGACGGUCGACUGGGAGACGCACCUGCUGCGCUUUGAUUUCGCCCGCGGCAGCUACGCAGGCGUGCGCCUGCCCUUCUCCGGCGGCAAGGUGGCGAUCACUUCGGACGAGCGUUACGUUCUGGCGGCCGGACCCAUCCGCAACGCGACGCUGUGUGGGACUGGGUGGAUGGGUGGUUGCACGCUGACCUUCACCCUCGACCCGGUCUACCUCCGCCAGCUCGACAGCGACGUCACCGUGAACGGCGGCGGGUGCGAGGUCUACGCGCUGGCGGCCACCCCCUCGAGCCAGCUCUACAUGUCGAGCUCAGGCGGCGCCUUCUGCGAUAACGCCCGCAUCACUGGCACGCUGAGCAACGCCAAGUGGGUGUUGGACUCAUACGCGGAGGACUUCUACAGGACAUCAACGUGGGCUGUGCCGGCCUUCAACUUCUGGGACGGCUUUGUGGUCCGCACUACGGCCACCGGAUUGCAGUUCAUCCUCCAGACCGACCAGCAGGUGAGCUUCGGCGCCCCCAUGCUGGUGACCGACGCCUCGCUGGGCAAAUGCCUCGUCUUCCCCGCGACGGCUUGCCAAGACGGCAACCUCUCGCUCUACACGUUCACCCUCAACCAGUUCACCGCAUCCACCGCCAGCCCCAUCAUCAGCCAGCAGUGA